UCUGGUAAUAGGGCAUUGAACACAUACUGCUCGUGUAGCGCCUUUCUGUCUUUGUCCUCUGCGGCUUCCGUACAGCACUACUACGAGUUCAAAAUGGCUGCCACCAUUGACAACGAUUUAAUUGAAAGCGAUUUGCCGAAAGUCGUUCAGCUGCUGAAUAAUCUCACGGAACAGAUUGCCUCGGUUACAAGUCAUGUCCGUGGACUGACCACAAAAGUCAAAGAUGGAGGUUUUAAGACCUCACAGGNCUUGUCCUUCCUGGAUCUUCGCUACCACCUGCUGCUUUUCUACCUUCAGGACCUUACUCACCUGAUCAGCAUCAAGAGUGAAGGAGGCAAAAUCAAAGGCAGUGAAGCGUUAACCAGAGUGGUCACCAUCAGAACAGUCUUGGAGAAAAUGCGGCCACUGGACCAUAAACUCAAGUACCAGAUUGACAAACUGCUGCGGACGGCUGCUACUGGCAGUAUAGCUGAAAAUGACCCACUGCAGCUGCGGCCCAAUCCUGGGAAUCUCAUCAGCAAGCUGAAUGAAUCAGAGGAGUCUGAAGAUGAAGAAGAGCCUAACACAGCUUCAGAGAAGAAAGCAGCUCACUCUAGUGGCAAGAAAUAUAUACCACCAAAGAUUGCUCCAAUGCACUAUGACGGUGACAUGACUGAAGCAGACAAGAAAAAGGCCCAGUUGGAGCGUCAGAAGCGAGCGGCUCUGAGGAGCUCGGUGAUCCAGGAGCUGAGGCAACAGUACAGUGACGCCCCAGAGGAGAUCAGAGAGAGAAGAGACUUCCAGAGUGAACGCCAGAGUCGUGACGAGAUCCACAGGAAAAAUUACGAGGAGUCCAUGAUGGUGCGUCUCAACGUAUCAAAGAAUCAGAAGAACGCAAAGAAGAGAGGUUUGAUGGCCAUGUCGGGCCAACUUAGCAGCAUCACGAAUUUCGGGGAUAUCUCAGCGCUGACAGGUGGCGAAGACAGAGAGGGUGGAGACAUUCUUCGUCCCAAGAAAAAAAAGAAAGUCAUGAAGAAGAAAACCAAGAGAAAAGCAUUCAAGAAGCACAAGUAAACCCAACACCUGUGAUGCCUGUGUGUAACCAUCAUCAGUUUGCUUCACUGAUUAUUGUGUCAGCUCUAAUAAAAAUAUUUGUGUAUGAA